CUUGCCAUUUGCCAUUUGCAUCUGACCAGAAUUUACCACAAUAGAGAGAGAGAAGAGAAGAGACAAGAAGAGAGAGAAGCGAGAGAGAGAGAGAUUUUGCGGAGGAGCUUCUUCGUAGGGUUCAUCGUUGUUAACGUAAACCUUCCCCUACGUCAGCUCGAGAAACAUGGGUGCAGGUGGAAGAAUGUCGGUUCCUACUUCUUCCAAGAAGUCUGAAACCGAUGGCCUUAAGCGUGUGCCGUGCGAGACACCGCCAUUCACGCUGGGAGAGCUGAAGAAAGCAAUCCCACCGCACUGUUUCAAACGCUCCAUCCCUCGCUCUUUCUCCUACCUCAUCUGGGACAUCAUUAUAGCCUCCUGCUUCUACUACGUGGCCACCAACUACUUCUCUCUCCUCCCUCAGCCUCUCUCUUACUUGGCUUGGCCUCUCUACUGGGUCUGUCAAGGCUGUGUCCUAACCGGAGUCUGGGUUAUAGCUCAUGAAUGUGGCCACCACGCUUUCAGCGAUUACCAAUGGCUGGAUGACACAGUUGGUCUUAUCUUCCAUUCCUUCCUCCUCGUCCCUUACUUCUCCUGGAAAUACAGUCAUCGCCGUCACCAUUCCAACACCGGAUCACUGGAGAGAGACGAAGUGUUUGUCCCUAAACAGAAAUCCGCCAUCAAGUGGUACGGCAAAUACCUUAACAACCCUCUUGGACGCACAGUGAUGUUGAUCGUACAGUUCACCCUUGGCUGGCCCUUGUACUUGGCCUUUAACGUCUCAGGCAGGCCAUACGACGGGUUCGCUUGCCAUUUCCACCCAAACGCUCCCAUCUACAACGACCGUGAACGCCUCCAGAUAUACAUCUCGGAUGCUGGUAUUCUUGCAGUCUGUUACGGUCUCUACCGUUACGCUGCUGCACAAGGAAUGGCCUCGAUGUUAUGCGUCUAUGGAGUUCCGCUUCUGAUAGUCAACGGGUUCCUCGUCUUGAUCACGUACUUGCAGCACACCCAUCCUUCGUUGCCUCACUACGAUUCAUCAGAGUGGGAUUGGUUCAGGGGAGCUUUGGCUACCGUAGACAGAGACUAUGGAAUCUUGAACAAGGUCUUCCACAACAUCACGGACACGCACGUUGCUCAUCAUCUGUUCUCCACGAUGCCGCAUUAUCACGCAAUGGAAGCUACCAAGGCGAUAAAGCCGAUACUCGGGGACUAUUACCAGUUCGAUGGAACACCAGUGUUUAAGGCGAUGUGGAGGGAGGCGAAGGAGUGUAUCUAUGUAGAACCGGACAGGGAAGGUGAUAAGAAAGGUGUGUUCUGGUACAACAAUAAGCUAUGAGGACGAUGGUGAAAGAAAUUGUCGGCCUUUCACUUGUCUGGUUGUCUUUGUUUAAGAAGCUAUGUUUUAUUUGAAUAAUCUUAUUGUCCAUUUUGUUGUGUUCUGACAUUUUGGCUAAACUAUGUAAUGUGGGAAGUUAGUGUUCAAAUGUUCUGUGUCUGUAUUGUUCUUCUCAUCGCUGUUUUGUUGGGAUCGUAGAAAUGUGACUUUCGGACAAUUAAACU